CGUCUCAACAUUGAUGCUCUGCAAAAUCGUGUUGGACCUGAGACCGAGAAUGUCUUUGAUGACAACUUCUGGGAAAAUUUGACAGUUGUUGUCAACGCGCUGGACAAUGUCACUGCAAGGCUUUAUGUCGAUUCAAGGUGUGUGUAUUUCCAGAAGCCUCUCCUCGAAUCAGGAACCCUAGGUGCAAAGUGCAACACACAGAUGGUUAUCCCUCAUCUCACUGAGAACUAUGGUGCCUCGAGAGACCCACCAGAGAAACAAGCUCCGAUGUGCACUGUGCACUCAUUUCCUCACAACAUUGACCAUUGCUUGACAUGGGCUCGCUCUGAAUUUGAGGGCCUGCUUGAGAAAACACCAGCUGAAGUUAAUGCAUAUCUUUCAAAUCCUGCUGAAUACAUGAAUGCGAUGAGAACUGCUGGUGAUGCUCAGGCUAGGGAUACUUUGGGACGUGUUCUUGAGUGCCUCGAGAAAGAAAAGUGCAAUUCAUUCCAGGAUUGCAUAACUUGGGCCCGUCUGAGGUACUCUCCUUUGGCUCAAACCUUUCAUUGA